GGGGCUCAAGACAAGUGUGGCCUAACUAGCUAUCGCCUCCCCACCUAGCAAUUCACGUACUCCGCCAUGGCUCCCGCCGUGAUGGCUUCCUCCGCCACCACCGUCGCGCCCUUCCAGGGGCUCAAGUCGACCGCGGGCCUCCCCGUCAGCCGCCGCUCCGGCAGCGCCAGCCUCAGCAGCGUCAGCAAUGGCGGAAGGAUAAGAUGCAUGCAGGUGUGGCCAAUUGAGGGCAUCAAGAAGUUCGAGACCCUGUCUUACUUGCCACCCCUCUCUACGGAGGCCCUCCUAAAGCAGGUCGACUACUUGAUCCGCUCCAAGUGGGUACCCUGCCUCGAGUUCAGCAAGGUUGGCUUCGUCUUCCGUGAGCACAACAGCUCCCCCGGGUACUACGACGGUCGAUACUGGACAAUGUGGAAGCUGCCUAUGUUCGGCUGCACCGAUGCCACACAGGUGCUCAACGAGGUCGAGGAGGUUAAGAAGGAGUACCCUGAUGCCUAUGUCCGCGUCAUCGGCUUCGACAACAUGCGCCAGGUGCAAUGCGUCAGCUUCAUUGCCUUCAGGCCACCAGGUUGCGAGGAAUCCGGCAAGGCCUAAAGUGCAAGUUGAAGUAACCGAUAUACAUGUCAUGUUAGUCACAUUUGUCGGCGGCUCUGCUUUCUCAGUUUUACUUCUCGUUCUACUCAUAUAUAUGUGAAUAUAUGAGCAUAUGUAUGUAAGCACCUACCAAUGUAGGUCGAGGAGGAUGCAUAUGAGAAUUAUAGCACCGGCUAUACAUAUACAUAUAUAUUAUAUGCAAUCAACGGAUUAGUGUCUUGCCAUCAAUCGAUGGAAAGGUUGCUUUGUUUGCAGCUGGAAA